GCCAACCACCACAAACUCACCCGCUCACGACCCUCUUCUUGGCCCCUCCGCUCUCCGUAGCGCUUCGUGUCCCCGCCCACCUUCCCUGCCAGCCUUUCGGAAGCCAAUCGCGUUAGUCGCGCGGCGGCCCCUCCCCCUGACCAAUAGGCGCUAGCCUGCCCAAUAUCGUCCCCGCCUCCCCUCGCCAAUCCACGCCGCCUCUUCCCAGACACGUCCCAGAUUCCUGGUCUGCCCCCCUGUCCCCCCCGCCUUCGCCGCCGCCGCUACACACCACUGGCGGGGCAGCUCCAAUUCUGACUCGCGCGGGCGCGCUACGUAGAGGCUCCUCCCACGGGCUCAGGGCGAGGUAUUGCGCAAGCGCGGCCACCGCGGGCGGGAAGUUUGCCUUCGUUCGCUUGCCGUAGCGGCGCCCCUGACUGAAGGUUUGGCGCUGGGAGGAGGUUCUGCGGUGGCUGCCGUUGCCCGCCGUUCACGUGCAGGUAACUGGAGGGCGGAAGUCACCAAGUUGACACAAUAGGGUGGGGGUGUUGGGUCUCCCCGACUCCUUCACUGCGCGCCUUUGCCCUUCCCGGCCCCCCGUAAGAGGCUCUCUCUCGUGCCUUCUUUCUGUCUUAGACGCCCGAAAUUGUAAAGCCGCGUUGAUCAGGGCGAACCUUCGUUGGUGUUUCCGAGAGGAAAAUCGUCUCACGGGGCCCCGGGAAAUGUGGCCUCUUUGAGGGUGGGGUCUAUUAAUAUUCGGCUCCGCCGCGAGUUUGUGCGGUAGGGGGCUUAAGAGGUAACCCUGCUCUGCAAGUCAAUGCAAAUACGUUUUUUUUAAAAUUAUGUAUUUAUUUACAACCCGCCUUUCCCCCCCUGACAAGGACUCAAAGCGGCUUGCAGAUAAAAUAGGAACAGUUAAAAACAUUGGGGGAGGGAAAUCAUUUAAAAAACAAUUAAGCAUUAUUAUAAUUAAAGUUCCUCCCCUCUAGCGAAGUUUACAACAAUGAUUAACAAACAUAUGCAACUCAACCGUAUAAAUCAAUGUUAAAAACACAGAUCUAUAAGGAAUAUAACUCUCUCUCUCUAAUUUAAAAGUAGGUUUGUGGUAAGGAGAAUGUCCAGAGUUAUAUAUGGUUGCAACCAUUAUGAAAUUAUCUCAGCUAUGUGUUUAUGCAUAAUGCAGUGGUUUGACUUCAUCCCUGGAGGCACACUCCAUUGUCUCUCCAGACAGACAGAUGCCAACAACUAUGCAUUUAGCUGAAGCCUCCCAAGAGGGAAUUAUGUAAUCUUAAUUAUUCUCAUAGCUAGUCUGUAGUAUUCCUACUACUUCAGUUUAUGGUGGUAUAUUAUUACUUGGUUUGUUUAACUCCGGCGUUUCCGUGUGCUGCUCUGGUUCGCCAGAAGCGGCUUAGUCAUGCUGGCCACAUGACCCGGAAGCUGUACGCCGGCUCCCUCGGCCAAUAAAGUGAGAUGAGCGCCGCAACGCCAGAGUUGGUCACGACUGGGCCUUGUUUAACUCCAAUUAGCAGUGGUUAGACAGAAUACCGGAUAUGUUAUCUGAGCAUGCUUGGCAAUGAGUGUGAGAUGAGUUGAUGUAUGAGUGGUUUUUGUCACUCCCAGACUGAUGCAGCAAAGAGGUCUGCAUCUGGCCCGUUGCCCUCACAUUUCAUGGGUUUCUUCUGGCUACCUCUGCUGGAGAUGUUGUGGGCAUAGGAGCCAACUCCUAGGGACUGAUGUCCCUUUGACACUCCCACCAACAAAAUAUUUGAGGGGGCUAGCCCCCCAAGUUGAUAGCCAUUGCCAUUCAAAUGGUGUGUGUUCGCAAUGUCAGUUAUGUGGGGUGGGGCUUACCUGGCUCCCACCCCCAUAAUUUAUUCAAGUUGGCACGCUUGGUUGUGGGUGAUAGCUUAUGCAUAUUGUUUUUUUUGGGGGGGGGCAGGGACAUUGGAACACUUUUCAACAGGGUGACUUCCCUGUCAGCAGUGGGAUGGAAGAUGGUGAACCACAGUGGAUUGAGAGUUUCAAUUGUUCUGUUAGUCUCUUACCUUAUCAUGCAAGAGAUUCACCCACAUUAGCCAAACCUACAGCCAAAGAUUAGAAAAGCAGUGCAAGUGGCAGAAGUGAACCAAGUCGUGAGCUAUGGGGAAAAGAGAUCACAGCUUUUCAGUUAAUGGCUUCAACACUGCCUUUGUUUAAAAUAAAGCUAUGGUUAUCCCAUAAGUAAUAUAACUGAUGGCUUCAGCUUUAAAGAGUACCAUGUUUCCCGUUAGACUGGUGACUUCUGAAAUAAUGACUACUGGAAAUGCAAGUGUAAAGAUACUGCGCUCCAUCAUAAAUUUUCAGCCAGCAGCUUUUAUUAGUCAGUUCUGGGAAAUGACCCAAGUGAUUAUUCAAGGAGCUUUUAAAUUCCCAUCAGUAGGAAAUCCUCAGCUAAAUUUUUCUUAUUGAAGAAUAUAUUUAUUUAACACAAUUGUAUACCUACUUUCCUUAUGUCAAAGCAUUUUGCGUAAGAACAAAAACAUCUAAAGCAACAUAAUAUAGAAGUAUAACAACAAUUCAGAUUUGGUAAGCUUCAUGGAAAAUUUCCACGCCUACCAAUAAAAUCUUCAACCCCCCAGGUCAUCAUAUUAAUCUUAGCUGCCAACCCAUAGAUAAGCAUUGUGUUUGAAUUUACUUUGAUUGCAAGGCACCUUGGGAAAAGGUGCACUACAUAUUUUAAAUAAAAUAAUAAAACACGUUCAGUAUGCCAACACAUAGUUUUGAUCUAUCUUUGGGAUUUCUUCCAAUCUUGUGGGUGGUUGCAGAGAAACUCCUCCUUGUUGCCGAUUGUUUCACUUGCUGUAAUGGGAAUAUGAGUAAGGCUUAAUCUAAUGAUUACAGCCAACAUAGGGAUUCAUGGGGAUAGUUACUCCACAAAGCAAGCUGUGAUUGUGUCAGCGUAUUGAAUUGAAUCUGGAAGCUCACUGGUUACCUCUGCAGUUUGUUUAAUAUUUUGUAACCCACAGAUCCUCAUCAGCAGUUUUCCCAUAGGGCUGCUUUGAGACAGAAGUGAAGCAUGACAGGCCAGGAUCUCAGCCAUUUACAAUUUAAAGUGGUGGGUCAUCAGCCUCUUUUGCCACUAAUUGAAUGAAUGGGUCAAAUUACAGGUGACUCUUGAUUUACACCGGGGUUACAUUCCAAGCCAAAUUGCAUAUACUCAAAACAUUUUGGGUUCAGUUGUGGAUGGGAUUGCCAAAGCUUUUUUUCCUGGAUGGCUGCCCCCUUUUUAAUUAAAAAAAAAUCUUUUUACCAAGCAUGGAAAGCUGAAUGCACACAAGUUAAAUGCAUACAAGUUACUUAUAAUGAUAAUUCUGAAUGGGAAAAGAUUAACAUCUUACCUGUAUUUCUGUCAUUUAAUAUGGUAAAAAGUUUUGACAAAAAACAUAGGGGGUCUGUGAAAAGUUGUUGCAUUUGGAAUAAUAAAGCUUGCAGAAUGCUAAAAAAGCACAUUUCGUAGUAAAAACAAAAAACUAAGGAAGCGGGGUUGACAUUUCCAAAAUUAAAAAUGCUAGCACAUUCUAAUGAUAGCUGUGAUGUGUCAUUAAUGAGAGGAAAAUGCUGGUGUUUAAGAGAAUAGCACUUGGCAGAAAAAGGAGAACACAAGAAGAGCAUGCUGGAUCAAGCCUGUCACCCAUAUGGUCCAAGCAUUCUGUACUCAAAGUGGCCAACCAGAUGUCUAUGGGAAGCCCACUUAUAGUCCUGUACCCCGAGUCUUUUCAUGUUUAAAGCAGAUAACAUUUGCUGACACACACACACACACACACACACACACAAGCUGAGAGGUUUUGACUGUUUUCAAUCAAAAGACUGCAUUCCUUCAUGGGUAACCUUCCAUUGGAGUGCAGAGCCAAAGCCACACAGAUCCACACAAAUGAACGCAUUUACACACUUCACCUCCAGUUCACACAAAUUCAGGAUAAUUCUGCCUUGAUAGCCACUGAGAAAGGGAGUUCUCUCCGUGCACAGUGUGAAAACACAGCAAGCUGCUAAUGGAGGAAGAGAGUUUUCUAACUCUGUCGUGAGCUGAACUCUAACCAUGCCACUCUUCUCUCACUGCACAAUUAUUUCCUGCUGAGCAGUGCAGGCAUAUGAGGUUACAGACUUUCCAAGAUCCCCCACAGCUAAACAUCAGAAAUUGCUGAGCAGCAGAGGAUGCAGAGCUGCAUAGGGGUUGGAGCUGAGAAGAGGGACAGGAUCUAAGAUGGGAUGGCAACAAGACGGAAAGACAGGUUUCCAGGGUAUCCCUGAGUGUAUUUAUCCCUUUUUAUAUGCUCUUAUAUAUACAUUAUUUUCACAUCUCAUGUAGAAGCGAAUAGCUGUCAUUUACUCCUUACUCCCAUUUAGACACAUAAAGAACAUUUGGGGGGUGUAAGAGCAAAACUUGUUUGAUACUCCUGCUACUGAGUAUCCUGUCCUGCCUACUCACAAUGGGGUUGUUGUUGUUUAGUCAUUUAGUCGUGUCCGACUCUUCGUGACCCCAUGGACCAGAGCACACCAGGCACUCCUGUCUUCCACUGCCUCCCACAGUUUGGUUAAACUCAUUCUGGUAGCUUCGAGAACACUAUCCAACCAUCUCGUCCUCUGUCAUUCCCUUCUCCUUGUGCCCUCCAUCUUUCCCAACAUCAGGGUCUUUUCCAGGGAGUCUUCUCUUCUCAUGAGGUGGCCAAAGUAUUGGAGCCUCAGCUUCACGAUCUGUCCUUCCAGUGAGCACUCAGGGCUGAUUUCCUUAAGAAUGGAUAGGUUUGAUCUUCUUGCAGUCCAUGGGACUCUCAAGAGUCUCCUCCAACACCAUAAUUCAAAAGCAUCAAUUCUUUGGCGAUCAGCCUUUAUGGUCCAGCUCUCACUUCCAUACAUCACUACUGGGAAAACCAUAGGUUUAACUAUACAGACCUUAAUAUGAUUAUUACGAACUAUACGGUCUUUAAUAUCAUUAUUAAAAAUUGGUAAAUAACUGUUUCUAUUUUGAUCAUAUAUAUUGACAUUCGUAUAACUUUCUUUUAGGAAUGUCUGGAACAGAACUGACAAGAAAUGGAAUCAGCAGCAGCAAUGCUAACUCCAGUAUGUGGUUUGGACAGGUCAGUUUACCAUCACCUUCAGAUUUGUGUGAGAUUUUCUGGUGGGGCUUCAAUGGAAAAUCUACUAUGGAUAACGGCCCAGUUGAGACAUAAUGGGAAACCAUAGCUUCAAAGUAUGUGAGUGAAUCUGCACAAACCUUGGUUUCUUAUGCUUCCUACCCUGGGCAUGGAGAAGGGGUUAGAUGCUUCUUUUAAAUAAACCACAGUUCCCUGUUACGUCCAAACUUGGGGAACUGUAGUUGGUUUAAGCUCUACAUAGGCAGAAGAAACAUGGAUCAGAUCCAAAAUAUGGUACAAAGCCAUCUUUAUGAAAAGAUCCCAAUGUGUUUUGAAUAUAAAAAGUACUCCUUUUUAGAGCAGAAAGCAGAUUUGUUUUUGUAUAAAAACCAUUUCCCUAGAGAGUAGCUGGAAAUCCAAAAUCUGUUGAGAUACUCUUAAUAUUUCUUUGCACUCUUUUUGCUGGUAUUUAUCUCACACUACAACGCAAGAGUUAUUACUAUUUAAUUCAGUUGGUGUUUGGUGACAAGUACUGGGAAAAUAUAUACCAGCUGAGAUUUCUUUCUGAUUUGGCUGAAUUAUACUUAAGAGCGCUCAGAGGGGAACUUGGGGGAACUCAUGCAAUGGAGUAGUUACCAUUUUAAACAAUUCAUGGUAUUAUCAUAAUGAAGGAGCUACCCUGUCAGGUACAAUAUUUACUUUUGGAUAUAGCUUUCAGAGUAUAACUAGAUUAAAAGUUCUUGUGGGGGAAUGGGACUGAUUGAACUAAAUCAGUUGCAAGAAAGGGGAAGAAAUUAGUUAUGAAUAUGCUAGAUCUUUCCAUGAUUGUGUGUGUGGUUUGCUUAAGUGUCAGUAUACAGCAGAUGAGUACCAGGCCGUCCAGGCUGCCCUGCGACAGAGAUUGGGCCCAGAAUACAUCAGUAGCCGGCAAGCUGGAGGAGGACAGAAGGUACAAAAGUGUGUACACAGUUUUUAUUUACUUGAUAUUGAAAAUUACUCAUUGCCUGUUGGUAGUGCAUAUUUCCCUGAAUCCUUUUGGGCAGCAGUUUCCUAUGCCCUUGCUUUCUCAGGAGGAGCACCAUAGUGUAGGGCAGGGGUGGCCAGCUCCCAAGAGACUGUGAUCUACUCACAGAAUUAAAUACUGGCAAUGGGGGGCGGGGCCGGAUUCUGUUUUACCAAUGCUAAGGAAAGAGACCCAGUGUGUUCGACUGCAAUGUACCAAAGCCUUUCAGGAAUCUACGAAUCUACCAGUAAAUCGCGAUCAACCUGUUGGGCAUGCCUGGUGUAGGGUUAUCCGCAAGUGGUGCUUGCUGAAAGCUGCAAUCUUCCAAGUCAGAGGCAAAUCUGGUGUCCACAGAGGGAUCAGCAUUUGUUAAUGAUAGUACUUUCUGGCUCUCCAGUUUGGAGAGGUGGACAGUCCUGGCCCACUACCUUUCCUCAAAGCGACUCUCCCAUUGCUGGCCAGGGAUUUAGAGAAAUAAGUGCAGUAUGGGGCAGACCUGGGGUGUAGGAUUCUUUUCACAUGUAAUAGCCUUCAUAAUUUCAAAACAAAUGUGCUGAAAAUCUGGUGUGCUAUGCUACUGAAUCAUAAACCCUAGAAUUUUGAACAUGAUGCUCAAUGCUUCCUUGCCCAUCUCCCUUGCAAGUGCUCCAUACCACUGCCUUGUGCAAGCAUUCUCCAGCUGAAAAUUUAAUAAAUUAUCAUCAAUUUAAAACUCAGAACAAUUAAUUUUGGUUAGCUGUUUGGUACUGUAAUGUGGAACACACUUGUAAAUACUAGGUGCUGGUAUAUUGUGUGUUCCAAUUUUCUUUUGAUAUGAUGAUUCUUGGUCUGACACAGUGCCUGGAAGCCAUGUUGCAAGUAGAUGUAGCUUCUGCAAUAAUUUAAUGAGAUUAAGACUGACCAAGAAGGAUUUUUGUCACUUUUGUCCUUUCUUUCUACUUUCUACUUUCAGGUUUGCUACAUUGAAGGACACAGAGUCAUCAGUCUGGCCAAUGAGAUGUUUGGCUACAAUGGCUGGGCUCAUUCUGUCACUCAGCAGAAUGUCGGUGAGAACCAAUUUUAAGCUUCUUCCAGCUGCUUCAUGCUGCAGGUUCUAUAAGUUAUCAAAAUGUUCUUGUGCAAAAGACUAUCCUAGUAGAGUGAAACAAUAAGCAGUCGGGUACAAAUUACGGCAUUGUUCCACUUAAGGAAGUUUUUGAUCCAGCAGCAGCUUUCAUGAAUAGAAAGUGGAGAAAGCAUUUUUUCUGAUUCCUCCUUCAGCUCCUGCUUUCCUCAAAAACCUGCUCUAGAGGAGAGGGGUCCCCCCCCCCAAGAGUUAUGUAGGAAGUGGCAUGGAAAGCAUAAAUGAGAACAGGUGAGAACCUUGUGCCCUGCCCCAUUCAUUCAUGGAAUCCUCAGCUAGUAUUCAGAGUUUUCAAUGAACAGAGCACCUCUGCUAGAUGCAACACAAUAUGCUCACGAGUUUCUAGAUCUUGAGAAAGGGUGCUUCUCACAUGCCACCUGGAAGCAGAAUUUUCCAUGGCAGUUGGGGGAGGGCACAGCAUGAGUUGGCAUGGCGUAACCUUGACAACAUAUUAAAGUGGUUUCCUCCUAAAUUUCAGAAUUCAGUGUAUUGUCAGUUGCACAGUGAAUACAUAUAGAAAAAAGAAUCCUUGCCCUAGCAGUAAACAGUUUUCAUUAAAUAAAUAAAUAAAAUUAGCUGAAAACUGCAAUCCUGUACAGGCGGGGGAAACAUCUCCCAAAAUUAUGGCUGCAGCUGUCUCAUCCUCAAAAGAUCUGUUGUGUUGAGGGAGGACUUUUGUGGCCUAGCAACAGGAGGUUGAAUGGAAAAGGCAGAGGGGAGACACUUAAGUCUUUCAGCUUAGUAACAACAAUUGGAAGAACAGAACCCUCAUCUCAAAAACUUCACCUAGGUCACCUUAAGGAUCUGAAAUGAUAUUAGGUAACAAAAACUACAGAGCUGUCAGAAAGGCAAAAGGGAGAGAAAGCCCAAUACUAUAAGCUAUAAGUUAUACUUCAUUAUAACCUUGUUUUCUGUAUGGAUAGAUUUUCCUGUAAAAAGUGUUUCGGAAAAAGAUCCAGUCUGCACACUCAUAUUUUGAAACCUGUUGUGAUCCCUGACAUUACUCUUACCUGCUUUGCUAAUGAAUAUUUCACUUUUUUAUUCCAUCGCAUACAAAACCUUAAUCCCCUCCUAGAAAUUGGUAGCAUUCUCUGCAUUAAAAAAAUAAAAUAUCCUGGAGAAUACUCUGAACCUACAUAUGUUUAAUUAUCAAUCCUCAGCACAUAUUCAGUUCGUCAAGAGGAUAGAGUCAUAGAGAUUUACAAAAUAAAGACCACUUCCUUGGGAAGCUGAUUCUGUCAUCUUGAAUGUGAUUCAGAUUAUCAGAAGCUGAAAUUCCUCAUAGAAUAUUACUACUAAUGAAAUUGUUUGAUUUUAAAAUAUUUUUAAAAGCUGAUGGGAAACAUUAUGACUUGAUUAAGGCAGCCUAAAACUGCAUUACUAUUUUCUGCAGCUGCGUCACACUGCUGACUCAAAGUGACUCUCUGUCCAUUUGGGGUUUUUUUUGUUUUGUUUCCCCCACCUCCCCCAAAUGCAGGACUUAGCAUUUGCCUCUGUUGAAUUUCAUAUUGUAACAAUGGGGAGCUGGGCCAAAGCUACCAAGUUCAUUCUGAAUUUUACUCCUGUUUGCUAAGGCAUUAGUGAUCUAUCUCAGCUUUGUGUCUUCUGCAAAUAGGUUAGCAUUCCCUCCACACCUUCAUUUAAAUCAUUGAUCAGAUGUUGAAGAGUCCCAGAGCCCUACAUCACCUCACUCAAAUCAUUCAUCCAGUUUGAUGAGAAGCCAUUGAUGAACACCCUUCUGAGUAUGGCUUCUAACCAGCUCUGAAUCCAGCGUUAUUUAUCAGUACACAUUCAACGAGUCUGCUAAUAAAAGAUCAUGAUGAGCUUUGUCAAAGCUCUGCUGAAAUAAAAAUAAAUGGGGUCCACAGCAUUCCAUUCCAUUCCAUUGACCAUUCACUAAGGUCAAUAAUGCAGUAAUGUCUUAAGGGUAAUUUUCGGGUCCAUGUACUCUUUUAUCUGAACAUUAUCCUCAGAAGCCUCUAGUUCAGAAACCAACAUUCUGCUUGGGAAAUAUCUCUGUAUCCUUUCUAGUUAAUUUCUUUGACAAACAUUUGCAUCCAUGCCAAUAGUGUUGUGACCAUAUUCUAAAUUCCCUAUAUUUUCUCCUACAUCUCUUUACAACUGCCUAGCUACCAGUGCACAGUAAUGAUAGGCAGACGAAUCAUCCGGCUCCCUGUGUUAGAGUAAAUGUUUUUGUUUUUUGUUUCUGCUCUUCACAGAUUUUGUGGAUCUUAAUAAUGGCAAGUUCUAUGUGGGGGUCUGUGCCUUUGUGAAAGUCCAACUUAAGGUAAAUGGGGUGGGGAGAUAUGUUGGUGGUGCUGGUUUUUCAGAGCCCUGAAAGUAAAGUGAACAGUAUGCAAAAGGUACAUAACAAUAUGACUGUUGGUGUUACUUCCUGUCGAACAAAAAUGCAUAUUUAUUAGACCCGUUACUGGUCAAAAUACACACCUGUUUAAGAUGAAAUAAAAUACUGUAGGAAAAAAUCCUGACUUACGCAUUUGCUUUUAAACAGUGACAAGUCUUAAACUGCAAUGCAUGUAUCCAAAUGCUGUUGGUUUCCAUUUUUUAGGCUGUAUCUGGCGGAAGAUUGGAAUACUUUGACCUAGCAUAAUAUUUCAGGUUUGAUUGUCACUCGAGUCCCUGUAGACUCCAGAAAAACUGAAUGUACUGCAGUGCCUGCUUAUGCCACAAACCAAGGUUCAUUAGGAUGACUAUAGUCAAACCCAAGUGGCCAUUUUGUUUUUCUUGCGUAUUCUUAAAUUGCAGGAUGGCUCAUACCAUGAAGAUGUUGGCUAUGGAGUAAGUGAAGGCUUGAAGUCUAAGGCCUUGUCCCUAGAAAAAGCAAGGAAGGAAGCUGUUACAGAUGGACUGAAGAGGGCACUGAAGUAAGUGGCAAUCAACAGAAGACAUUUUGCUAGUCUGAAAGCAAUGAAAAAGGGGAACUGUGUUCUAAAAGACGACUAACUCUCGUCCUUUCUCAGGUGCUUUGGUAAUGCUCUUGGGAAUUGCAUCCUGGACAAAGACUACUUGCGAUCAGUGAAUAAGCUUCCUCGCCAGGUGUGUUACUUGGGACUUCCAAAAACUAUAAUUCUGCAGUAAAAAUGCCAAAUUCUGCUUUGAGUAUAGAUGAUACAGACAAGGCAGGCUCCAUUCUUUAUUCUGCCAUGCAACAGUACAUUCUUUUUGAACAGGUAAUUUCAUUGCCUGGAUAUUCCAGUUGAAAAUUCUUCUGAUUAUUUUCUGACGCACCAUAUCUCUGCUGUGUGUGUCUUUGCUUACACUUUUUCUGCUUCAAAACACUCAAUAAUUUUUCAUGUGUGUGUUUUCACUUUCCAGUCAGAGCUGUUCAGGAGCAAGCAGAAAAUUAUAGUACCUUCCAAUGAACACUGAAAAUCAGAGCUUACUAUGUUGUUCUUUUUUUACUAACUGGGCUCUUCUACAACCACCCCACCCCAGUGAAUCAUCAUUUAAGCUGCUGCAUUCUGGUCAACCCACCCUUCACACAUCUACAGUAUUCCUUGCUGACUGCAGCCCAUAGUCUGUGUCACCUAAAUUGGCAUUCCAUCAAAGAAGGCAGAGUAUGCUCUUGGCUGUGCUGGAUUGAAAGCUGCAGAUAGGCUGAAAUUGUCGUGUUUACUGAUUUCUACAGCACUCCCAGGCUGUUAAUCUGCAGUUUUCUUCAUUUGUUCUUUCUACGUCUGUUUUAAAAUAACACCUAGGUUGCUUUAAGAGGGGAGGGAAAUCAACAUCACAGAGAAUUGCAAGGAAACAAAGCUGAUCCACAAAGUAUAUGUUGACAGAGUUGGUGUUGGUUACUAAACAUGACAAAUCUCCACUAAAUUAGAGAAAUAACCACAUUGGUUGAGUUCACAGCACCAAGUCGAAACUUGGUUGUGAACAGGCAAAGUGUUCCAGGAAAGCAAUUUGUCUCCUGGGCAACAUGACAGAUGAGUCUGUGAAAUGUUUCCAUUACAUUCUGAAGUUUUGUAGCUACUGAAAGGCUGUUUGUUUUAUUCCUAUUACUAGAUGCCCCCAGAUUUUGAUUUGAGCAAUGCUAAAAGACAGGAUUUUGAGCCUGCUAUAGAAAAGGCAAGAUACAAUAGCUGCUUGAAGAAGACAAGAGAAGACCACCAGCAGUUUUCUACAGCAACUCCUGUCAAAACUGAGCAGUUAGAGUCUUCUUUGAGUACUUCUGAACAAGAUCAGCAAAGCAGGUUGGAGAUCUAAUACACUAGAUACGUAAGCUUAUACAGUAAGCCCACAACUUAUGCACAUUUAACUUGUGCCUAUUCAGCUUUACUCGCUUGGCAAAAAUAAAUAAAAGCAAUGAAAAAAAGAGUGGCUGGCUGGUUGGGGCAAAAAAGACUUUGGUAAUCCCACCCACCAUUUAACCCAGUAUGUUUUGACUCCUUGGAACAUAACCUCUGCUUAAACUGUGAACAUACUGUAGUCUUAAUUGCUAAUGCUUUGUAUAUUCUAGAGCAAAAAAUGGAGAAUUUUGCUUACCUUCAUGAAUUCUAGUUUUUUGCCAGACAGUAGUCCAUAAUACUGAGAUUCUUUCCUCCCUGUCCACCGGGAGGCAGGCUCUUUUCCCUAGAAGAACACAUUUGGCUAGGAAAUGUGGCUAGGGCUAGGAAAUGCUUCCCACUUUCUUCCUCAAACCAGACCCUGACAACACAGUGAGAAUAAGAGAAGCACAUUGGCACCUAACCCAUGGCCUAAUUUCCAUGCCAGAAUCCAGACCUGAAGAAACCUGGCAAGUAAGGAAAAUAAUCUUCAAUGGAGGUGUGCAAUUUUUUUCUGUUCUUCCAACUUGUCACCAUCUAGUGGUCUCUAACCCAGGAGCUUAACAAAGCAGUGCUCCAAAUGCCCAGGGAGGGAGAGAGAUCAGAAUUCUGGCUAGCAGCGUACAUUGAAGCAACCUUUGACUAAAGGCUGCAUCUACAGAUGCAAAAAAACUUAAAUUCUGUGCAGGGAUGAACAGGUGACUUCUCUGUGCAGCACACUGGAGACUUAAAUAGCCCAUGAAGUAGCAUAUUCUUUGAAGAAAUGCAUCAGGGUACCAGGUCUGUGCAACUAUCUUGUGCUCGGGAGCCAAGGCAGCUUCUGUAUCCUUGCUCAGGAAUAAAGACCUUGGGCUUGUACUGAGUUGAAGAUUCCUUCCAGAUGUUGCAAUCUGCAGUCUAAAUGAAGGUGGUCCUUGACACAUCAAGGACCUUGGAAGGGAGACAGCCACCAGUUCUUUCUACUUUGACCUGCAAUGAAACUCUUUAGUAGGAUUUUGCCAUGGUGGGCUAGGAGGACUCCCCAAUGAAUGAGGCCUGCUAUGAGUACAAGAACUUUGCUUAGUACAUGCCGGUAUGUGUUCCUGAGAGCAAUGGAAGUAAUAAACUUUCCUUCAGAUACACAACUGCAGGAUUGGCUCAGGGUUCCUUUGAGUACAACCUGCAGACCACAGGUUUAAUCUCAAUUCUUCCCUGAACAAUUUUUUAAAAGUCAGGGCAGACUAUAAACUAGUGUUCAUUCACUGAGAUGGCAGGAGAAAGACUGGUUUGUGAGAAGUACCUCCUAGUAUAACCUUAGGCCAAGUCUUGUAGGAUAAAGUCUUCCUUUAUGGAUUGCUUUAUGGACCACUGAAUGCUUGCAAGUAGACAGAAUAGGAAAUCUGAGGCAAGAGAAGGUCUGUAGUUGAAUAAAUUAUGCAAAUUACAUGUGAAUAUAGUUACACGGCCCUGGGCUAUUGCCAUAUAUGCUAAAGUGUCACCCCCCACCCUGCUUAUAUUGUCUACUCUGAGCAAGUAUGGUUAUGAAAUGGGGAAUUUAGUGGUAACAUUCCCUCUUCUUCCUGUAUUCUCUUGUAGUGAGGUCUCGCUGUGUGAUGCAACAUACUACCGGAAGUUGCGGCAGAAACAACUUCAGCAGCAGUUCAGACAGCAGAUGCAGAAGAAACAGCAAAUCCAGUCAACUACUCCAGCUUGUGAACCUAGAGGUCAAGGUAAAAUGCUAGUUAGAACCUGUAUCCGCUGCACUGCAAAGAAGCUCAGAAUGGGCAGAUGAAGUGCCUAAGAAACAGGGCUAAUUCUUUCCUGCCAUGUUAAUGUAAGAGUUGAAAGUGAGAUGUUAAACAAGUGUUUGUCCUUGAUAUGACUCUCUUUAAAGAGGUCAAAAUGAGGGCUUAACCCAAACUUUAAUCUGCUGUUGCUGCUUUUACUAGCAUCUGAGGAGAGGUGGGUUACAUUUUUCAAACUAUCUCAUUUGACUGGUUAUUUUAUCCAUUCAUUAAUUUUUAUGCAGUGCUGCAUUUUUAGAGAUUGAAUUUUCCUGGCAAAAUAAAUGGCAGCAGAAACUUUUCUGUCCCAUGUCGCUGAAUGUGUUAAAGAAGAUAUUUCCUUCCAAUGCUGGUGUCAACUUUUGUUUGUUAAGUAGUUACGUCUCACUUCAUUUAGCAUUGUGAAAAUGGCACCUAUUAUUGAAGGUUUCCUAAAAUGUAGAUAUAAUUAUUUAAUACAUCAGUUAACUCAAAUCAGCAAAAAAUUAUAUAAUCAGCAGGCAGGCCUAAUAUAUUUUUGAAAAAUAGUGCCUUGACCCAACCUAUAAAAGUAAGUAGCAAUAUUAAUAAAACCCAUUAAUAAGGUGAUUGUCAGAUUAGGGACUUGUUUUAAUGUUGGUGUCCGUAAGCCCAAUUCAUCUGUAAGUCCCAACUAAGAUGGCAGAAGAGUGCAGCAGUCAGAUUUGUGAUGGAGAGAGCAGCUGGUAUAUCAGUCUGGGUCCAGGCUAGGUUAGAGCAUAUUAAUAAUAACACCUAUCUGUUGUUAUUAAUUGCUGGAAUAACCAUCUUUCUUCAUACUGAGCCAAAUUCAGAUAUGUUGGCAUUCCUUGGACAAAAUGGAAAUUAAUAGCUUAUUCAUCCUGGGUCAUUUAGGCAAGUCCUUUUUUGUCCCAGUGACGUGGGACAGCUCUUGUGAGGAAUAUUAUUUGUUCCAUUAUCAAUAAAGCCCAAACCACCACUAUCCUGUCUCUUCCCCACCCCCUAUCAGCCUAGGAAGACAGCUUAUGCAUCAUUUCUAUGCAAAUAGUCUAAAUCCAGAGAAAGAUGUACUCUUCCACUAAUCUCAGUAACAUUAAGCUUCUCUUUUAUCUUGUCCAGAAGCAUGUGCUCUUCCUGCUAUUAAGCACAGCACUUCAGCACAGCUGGAACCAGCUGUGGAAGAGGAGUUCCUUGCAGGUGGGUGAGGGUUGUUGGUACUUUUAGGUAUUUUAUACCAUCUUUUCAGGGAAACAAGCUAUUAAUAUGGGUCACAAAUAAGAAUCUCAGGGUCGUGGGUUCGAGUCCCAAGUGGGGCAAAAGAUUCCUGCAGUCAGGGGUUGGACUAGAUGACCCUUGUGGUCCCUUCCAACUCUGUGAUUCUAUGAUUGUUCAAUUACAACAGCCAAGUCUUUAAAACCUGUUCAAAAGCAGAAAACAAAAUGCACCACCUCUGGGGAGGAGAUCCAUGGUGACUGGUCUGCCACUGGAAAAACCCCAUCUCUUGUGCCCACCAGACUUGAAGUCCUUACCAGCAGAUCUGCAGGAAGAGCCUCUGCAGUUUAUCUUACUAUCUGGUGCCAAGUCGUUUACAGCUUUAAACAUAAUAACCACUUUAGCUCCCCAAAUGCAGUAGGAACCAGGCCAGCUGAUAUAGUCAGUGUUAUAUGCUCUGAUCCGUUGGCUCCCAUGAGCAACUGGUAGCCACAUUCUAGAAGAACUACAGCUUCCAAAAACAGCCCCACACAGUGUGUGUUUUAGUAAGUCUUGCUGUAACUUAAUGCCUGUGGCUGGUUCACAUUCUUGUAGCAUUUCAGGCAACAGUUAGUGCAGGACACACGAAGAAAUGUGCGUCCUUUUUCUAGAUUCUCCUUCCUCCAUCUGAGAGGAGAAACGGAUGGAGGCCCUUUGUAAGGCAAAAUCACUGGGCACAGGAGAAACAAGCACACACACACACACACACACACACACACCCCGGUGUGUUCCUGUGUCAUUGCAAAACCCAAGCUUGGGAUUUCGUGGUUUGCUGACACAAUGUCUAGUUCCACCCCGUUACAGUUUUAAUCCAGUGGCAGUCAAGACGUGGAACAGAAUGGUCAGCAGCUGACCCUUCACUGUUAAUGUUCCAUUUCUUCCAGAUGACCCUGAGCUUUGGGACUUACCUUUGGAGGCAACGGACCUUAGUGUUACCAAUCACAGCACGGCAGCUGGGCCAGCCCAACACCCAGGCACACCUUGUGGGCAGUAUGACAUGAUGACACGCAGCAGAACGCCACAAAAAAUAAAUAACCAGAGGCCCUGUGCAAAACCUGCACCGCAGCAUCCCUCUACUAGCCCUCGACCUCACAUAUCAGGUAAGUUUAAGAGGUGGAGAAGCAAAUGUAGACAGCAGUAGAGACUGGGUAAUAUAGGGUGGUGGUUUGUAGACAAUGGGGCAAGCAUGUAUAUCUAUUUUAGCUUAGCACACUCAAAUUGCAAAUCAUCUAUGCUACCUCUGAAUCUUGCGGUGCCCAGCAACGAGCGGUGAAAGAUUUCUUGCUACUUUUUUGGUGCUUUCGGUCUCAAAGCCUCCUCCAAGGUUCCUGCAACUUGCGUUGAAGUAAAGGUGUUUUAAGAUGCGGUUCUAAGUUCAGGCUUUGCAAACUGUUCGGAGAAAUGGUCUCUUGAAGAGAGAGAACAAAAGUAGGUAAUAUCUCAGUUGUGUAAGAGACUUGUAAAGAAAGUUCUCCUACAUACAAUUGUUUCCUGUUUCAGCUGAGUGCAGCCCAUACAGGAGGAGCCAGGGGAUGAAGAAGAGAAGGCUGGAGCCUGCAUAGCAGAAGAUGAAUGACUUGACUGUGGUGCUUUAUCUGUUCAGGUUUCAGAAUGCAAUUUGCACUCGGAAGUUUCAGAAUGGAGAAUAUUCUUCAGACCUCACUAUAUCAGGCACUAAACAGGAAAAAGGUUGUUCUCAUGAUUUUUCAGAAUUUGAAAGUUUUAAACAUUGCUUUUCAUCAACUGUAUCUCCAGAAAAGAAUACCAGUAUUUUAUCCCGUUAACAGAUGUAAUUCCAUAUCCAAAAACAAAAAUUGCUUUAUUCUUAACUCCCUUUAUUGUAAUAGGAAGAAAUCCAUUUUAACAAGGGUGCAUCUUGUAAAGCAAGGCAAACUAUUUUUGUACUAUUUGCCCUGCCCUCAGGAAAAAAAUAGAACCAAAGCUAAAGGAAUGUAACAGCUUUUUAAAAAUGUACUCUUGAUACAAGUUUCGUGUAACAGUAAUAAUAAUUUACUUUUGUGGAAUGAAAAGUUUUUUAAGGCUAGGAUGCCAGUGUGUUAAUUAUGCAAUGUGAAUCCUGCUUAUUAAAGUGGUUAAAUUAAAGCUUUUCAUUCAGAAAAGCUGUGAGAUUUGAUGUCCCACUGUAUGAACACUGAAGCCAGCCACACAUACACUUUUAUCAUUUUUCCCUUGUUCUCUUUCAAAUAAAGAAAAAUGUUGGAGGCUAAUAGUUGGACACGAAGCUUACUAAAGAGGUUCGGAAUUGAUACACAAGCGACGGCCAUUUUGCAUGCAUCCAAUUGAUGUGUGACUGCUAACGCCUGGGUCCUUUUGGACCCGGAAUGGGGCGGCCUAUGAAUGUUCUGCUGGCGCUAGUGUGGGCCACAACUGGAAUCACUGUGCAAAAUGGUUGCUGCCUGGGUUGAAUCUUCCUCCUUAGAACCGGUCAAUAGUAGAGGAAAGAUGCUGUAUUUUGGCAUAUACAGUUUAUAAGUUAUAUAUGUGGCUGGAGGACUUCUCUGGAUAAUUAGGACUAUCAUUUUUUCUGCAGCGUGUUUUGGUAAAAGGAAAUUAUUUAAAUUUAAUGAGGCAAGGCCAACAAAACACUUAAUGUGUCAACAUCAACAAUCUUAGGUGGUUUACUGGCACGACCUCACAGUGUAAAUUGAUUACUACCAAAUUGCCCAUUUUAGAUUUCUAUUAUGGAAGUGUUAUCUGUGGAAAGAUCUUUUCAAAAAUUAGAAGUCUCAGAAACCAAAUAAUAAAUUUUCAAGUAUUAUUUAAAUAUUUGUUUGAAGGCACCUGCACUCCUUCAAACUCAAAUGAUUGUUAACAAUAAUGCUAGUGGGAGUAACAAGG